CAGAGUGAACUCUGUUAGUGGGACUCUGGGCUGUCAGGUGAGUGAGUGGAGCUUCACUAACACAGGAACUUUAUCUCGGAAAUAAUUCACAUUUUGAGACUGUUGGACAAAUCACAGCAACAUCCCCCUUUUCACAGCCAGAGCUCCUGCUGGUUCCUCAUAAUGUGUUAUUUGAGGAAAGUAUCUCAUAGGUAGCACUCGAUCCCUGCGGUGGACUGUGACGUGGAGAUGGUCACUUGGGUCGCCCUGCUGACAGUAUGCAUAUGGAUACAAACACAAACAGCCUCAGGGCAGUACACAUGUACUUCUGCUCAACGCAGGCCGGUGGAUUUCACUGUAAAAUACUCCCUCCCCCACUUCCAAACAAACAAACCUAUUCAGAACAUAGCUUUUAACCGGGAGAAGUAUCACUCAGACGUGUAUGUUGGAUGCCAGAAUGCAGUACACGCAGUCAACUAUGCUAUGGAACAACUAUGGGUGGUGAAAACUGGACCUGUUGGCAGUCCUGAAUGUGAAACAUGCGGGGUGUGUGACAUAGAGAUAGAUCCUGGGGAUCCAGUGGAUACAGACAAUGAGGUUCUGCUUUUGGAUCUUUCUUUAUUUCCCGAUCCCUACUUGUACAUCUGUGGGAGCACUCAGCAUGGGAUCUGUCACUUCAUUGACAUUGGCUUACCACAGCCUGAGCCUACGUGUUUAUACAAAAAGGAGCAGAACUCUCCAACCGACUGUCCAGACUGUCUAGCCAGCCCCCUCGGCACCAAAGUCACCAUGGUUGAUCAGGGGGCCACAACCCUCUUCUUUGUAGCGGCCUCUGUCAAUGACAAAGUGACACAGAGGUACCCACGCAGGUCAAUAUCAGUGUUGAGGCCACUUUCAACUGACGAUGGCUUUCAAAUGAGUGUGAAUGGCCUGACGGUGCUCCCCAGUCUACGGGACUCUUACAAGAUUGAUUACAUCUACAGCUUCUCCACCAAGGAGUACGUCUACUUCCUGUCCCUGCAGAGAGAAAGUCCAUCCAAGAGCGAUUCAGCCUUUCAGACUCGUCUGGGACGGCUGACGAUAUCAACACCCGAGGUGUGGACGUACAGAGAGGUGGUCCUGGAGUGCCGCUUCUACUCAAAGCGCAGGAGGAGACGGACAGAGGGUUCCAGGUACAUUGUGUACAACGGGCUACAGGCGGCACACUUUGGGCACGCGGGGAAGAAGUUGGCGGAUGAGAUGGGGGUGAUAGUGGCAGAAGACAUUCUGUAUGGGGUGUUUGCAAAGGUGAACGAGCGUGGCGAACCUCAAAAAAACUCAGCCCUGUGUGCCUUCCCUUUGACUGAAGUAAACAAGGAGAUUAAUAAAGGCGUGGAUACCUGCUGCCAGUCAGGAACAGAGCAGCUGUCCAGAGGUCUCUGUCACUUCCAGCCGUGCGAGAGCUGCCCACACGAAAUCUCUGAAGGUAAUGACACAUGCAGCAACAAACCCACUCUGGUGUCAAAGCCGUUCUCCAGAAUGGACCUCUUCAACAGUAAGAUGACAGACGUCCUUUUCACUUCUGUCCUGGUCACCACAAUCGGGGAUCACACGCUGGGACACUUUGGUACCUCAGAUGGCCGGAUACUGCAGGUGAUUCUUGGGAUGUACAAGCCUUUUGUUUUUGCCAACUAUUCUCUUGGAGAAACCCAAGUGUCCAGGACAGCAGUGGUGUACUCAAAUGAUUCACUUCUCUUCGCAGUGGGAAAUAAGAUGUUCAGGGUGCCCUCUGCAGGACCGGGGUGUGCACAUUUUUUGACAUGCUCCAUUUGUUUGAGGGCUCCACGCUUCAUGAGCUGCGGCUGGUGUUCAGGCAGCUGCUCGAGGCAACAUGAGUGCACCUCGCAGUGGAACGACGCCUCAUGCGCACCUGUCAUAACAGAGUUUUUCCCUAAAAUGACCCCUGCUGGUGCUGAGACAGAAGUGACACUGUGUGGCUGGGAGUUUCAGUCUUCUCUGCUACCCACCAUCAUCAGCGGCAAGACCCACAUCAUCACAGUGGGCUCAGGGACCUUGUGUACCGUCCUGCCUGAAAAGAGCACCAGUGAAGUGCUGGUAUGCAAGAUUCAGGAAAACACACCAAACCAGAACCUCACCAUCACCCUGGAAGUGCACGAGGGGAAAGUGGAGGGCCCCUACUCAAUUGAAGGCUCAGCUCAGAUGCCUGGCUUCUCUUUUGUGGAGCCGAGCAUAACAGAAAUCAGGCCUGACUACGGACCCGUGUUUGGAGGAACGACGGUGACACUGACAGGCAGAUAUCUGAAUUCUGGGAUACAAAGAGACGUCUUCGUCGCUAACAAGAAGUGCAACAUUCACAGUGCUUCUGGAGGAAGUGAGACUUCUUCCAUCGUCUGCCACACAGCAGCUGCAGCAGCAGGUGUUGGGAAGGUACCUGUGAAAAUCUUAAUCGACAACUUUCAAGUGCCGACCACGAAGCUGUUCUUCUACAAGACAAACCCUGUUAUAACCUCUGUACAUCCUAACUGCAGUUUCAUAAGGGGAUCCAGGCUGGUGAUAGAAGGUCAGAAUCUGGACUCGGCCCACAAAACUGUGGUUCAGUACACUUCCAAAAAUACACUUCCCAACCUGCAACCUUAUGAACGAGUCUGCAACGGCACAAGAAAUGCCACGUAUAUGGAGUGCUGGGCCCCUGCUUUUCCAGAGGAAAUGCCAGGAGAAAAGUCUGAAACAGGAGAGAUUUCUAUUCACAUGGAUGGGAAAAGUAACCUUUGGAAGGGACGUUUUGACUACCACCAUGAUGUCAAAAUCAUUCCCUUUGAAAAUGAUGCCAAGGAACAUCGUAUGAAACCAGGAGAGACGGAAGUUUCACUGCAUCAUAGCAAACUGAAUACAGUGAGCACAUGCAUGAAGAUCAUAAUGACCGUUGGGGGUGUGAACUGCAACGCCCAGGUUCUGUUAAAUGAGCUGACCUGCAGGAUCGACAUAGACCGGGUUAUUCCCAGUGAGGGACUGCCUGUCGAGGUGUCUGUGAAUGGGGAAGUUUAUAGUGUGGGUAGAGUAGUCAACGAUGACAACAACAACACCAUGGUGAUUGUGGGCAUUUUUCUGGGCAUCUUUGCUGCAUUGGCAGCAGGUGCUGGCCUUGCAUUGAUUGUGAUGAUCCACUUGAGGAAGAAAAAGAGAGCCAAUAUAGAGGGUCGUUUGUCAACAAGGCUUUCACGGAGCCGCAUGGGCAGCGCUCUCGAUUACUCCCCGACAGGUGACUACAGACGAGUAGAUCUGUCCAGUCAAACAUCAGGUUCAGGAGGAAUGGCCUUCCAAGGGUUAGCGUAUGCUGCCAGCCAUGAUCAUCUGUCCAUUCCUCUAAUGCCACGGGACAAUAUCUCAAUGGUCAGUCUAAGUUCUGACCUUCUUGAAGAGGUCAAAGACGUCCUGAUCCCUGCUGAUAUGCUCCGAAUUGAGGAUAGCCAGAUAAUCGGCAAAGGCCACUUUGGUACAGUUUAUCAUGGAUACCUGAUAGACAGCAAUAAGCAAGAGACCCACUGUGCUGUUAAGUCACUGAACAGGAUCACAGAUGUGGGGGAAGUGGACCAGUUCCUCAGAGAGGGCAUCAUCAUGAAAGGCUUCCACCACCCCAACAUACUGUCUCUGCUGGGCAUCAUGCUGCCUAAAGAAGGGCUCCCUCUGGUGGUUCUACCGUAUAUGAAGCAUGGGGAUGUGCGUCAUUUCAUCCGCUCCGAGAAACGGAACCCGACAGUGAAAGACCUGAUAGGCUUUGGCCUUCAGGUUGCCAAGGGGAUGGAGUAUUUAGCCUUGAAAAAAUUUGUCCACAGAGACCUGGCUGCUCGUAACUGCAUGCUGGAUGAAACCUUCACAGUAAAGGUGGCUGACUUCGGCAUGGCCAGGGACAUUUAUGACAAGGAGUACUACAGCAUUCAAGAUCAGAAACGGGUAAAGCUGCCAGUGAAGUGGAUGGCCAUCGAAAGCCUGCAAACACAAAAGUUCACUAUCAAGUCUGAUGUGUGGUCAUAUGGCAUCUUAAUGUGGGAGCUGUUGACCAGAGGUGCUAGCCCAUAUCCAGAUGUGGACCCCUACGACAUCACACACUACUUGUUGAAGGGACGCCGGCUUCCCCAGCCGCAGUUUUGCCCCAAUACUCUCUAUAAUAUCAUGCUGACGUGUUGGGAGCCGGAGCCCGAGUGCAGACCUAGCUUCAGUAGCCUGGCUGCAGACGUACAACACAUCCUGUCCUGUCUGGAAGGAGAGCACUACAUCAGUCUGAAGAUCCACUAUGUCAACUUAGACCAGCCACGGCCCUACCCGUCGCUGACUGGAUCUGCAGAUGAGGCUGAGGCCUCGGACUUGGACACAGACAGUUAUGCUGCCAUCUGAGGGUGCAAAGUCCUAUAAGACUCUCUGAUAGGAAAGCCGGAUCCGGAUUAAAGUUGGACAGCGUACAAGAAAAGGGACAAGUUAGCCUGGAUCCAUUCAUACGUCACAUUAAUUGGUGAUCAUGUCUACAAACCUGAGCACAUGGACGGUUUGGCUACUGAGUUAAAAGACACUGUAGGUACUAUAAACUCUUGGAAGUAAAUGUUUUUUUAUUAUUUUGUUUCAAACAUCUGAAGCACAAGUGUGACAAAAUGAAUGUAAAGUUUGUUGUCAGACUUGUAGAAUAGGAUGUGGGGCUACGAGACUAUGUGCUGUUAUAGAAAUAUAUGUCUCUAAGCCAUACACUGUUGGACACGAGGUCUAGAAAUGCUGACAUGUGCUAAAGUGUCCCGUUUUUAGGUUUUUCUGACACAAUUCUCCUGCUGUAUGGGGAUAUAAUAUAGAUUAUAUCCCUUCAUACAGGCUGUAGAAUGUAGAUUUAAUACAAAGGGACUUGUACAUGUGAAAUCUUAAUUCUGGAUGCAGAAUAACCCAAUGUUCUCAGAUUCAGAGCCAUUGAUACUCUGCCAAAAGCUCUGCACCUACUGAAUUAUACAGUGAGCUGUCUAUGCUGUUCAGAUAUCAACUGAGGCUUCGAAACACAUCAAUACCUGCUAUUAUCACUAGAGGGCAACCAAUGCCUCCUUCUAACGCAUACUUCUAUUGCUGCUGCAGUGAUGUCUGCUGCACUACAGCAGACAACUCAAUACAAAGACGUUACACAAACAGUACAACUACAGUAUAUUCACCUGAACAAACUCAAUCAACAUAACAUAGCAUUCUGUCCGUACUGCACAUUUUUCCUUGUUUCCUGCAUGUAAUUAAAAGGAUCUUCAAAGCACAUUAGAAAAGGGAUUUUAGAAUUCAUGCACUGAUUUUUCGACUUUUAAACCGACAAUGCAGUCCGGUUUAACCAAACAAGCUUUCUACCAGGGGUAAUAGAUUUGGUUCUGGUAUACUUGAUUUUUGUCAUUGCUGCAUUUUCGCUCCUUCCUACCAAAAAUCAAACUGAUGUUGCUUUGCUCUAGGUUGCACUGUAAAGCAUGUUUUUGUACUGACAAAUGGUCAAUUGUGCAUACUUGUCUGUAAAGCGUGUCCACAAAUUAAAUGUCUUCCUUGGAC